UUUCUGUGCCAAUACUUUCUUUUUCUCUUUGCUUCUUGCAAUUGAAAGUGCUGCUAACAUGCGUGGCAAGGCGUGAAAUGCAACCAGAUCUAAUUAUUAUUAUUAUCAUUAUUAUCCUGAUUAUUAUUAUUAUUAUAAUUAUUUGCAAGCAAAGGAGGAAUGCUAAUUUAAAAAGAAGUUAAAAUUAGAAUUGUUUUUGUUUUUUUUUUUGGAGUGAUUUUUAGGGGGACCUUUGCAAAAUGCAAAGCUUCUUCUCCCUUUUUCUCUUUUUGCAAUUUAGGCUUCCUUGCAAGACAAAAUAAAACAGAGGAAGCAGAAUCUCAGCCUUGAAAGAAUGCGAAAGAAAAAUUGGGGAGCUGACAAAUCAGACGUCUGACCGGUUGACCGAUCACAACGGAUGAAAAUGCUCUGCUGAAGUUCGGACUCCAUUCCGCGCCAGAAGCUAGGAUUUGAAAUAAAAAGGCAUCUCUUUCGCGUGCGAAGGGAGCCAAUGUCAUGGCGGACGAAAACAGCCUGGAUCUGAAAAUCAUGGAAGACAGGAGUGAACCUUUGGAAGUGGAUUCGGAGGGAGUCACCGCUGAGCCAAGCACUUUGCUGCAGAAACUGAAGGGUGCCAUUUCGAAAUCUGUCCAGACCAAAGUCAACGGUAUUUUGCAAGAUGUCCAGAAGUUUUCUGAUCACGCCAAACUCUAUCUCUACCUCCAGUUACCUUCGGGCCCGAGUUCGGGAGAAAAAAGUCUGGACCUCACCUCUCUGAGCUCAGCUGAACACAUGCAUGCUUGCACUUGGAUCCAGAACCACCUGGAGGUGUAUCCGGACACCUGCCUGCCCAAACAAGAUGUCUAUGAUGCUUACAAGCGCUACUGCGAUAACCUCUGCAGCCGUUCCCUGAGCGCAGCGAAUUUCGGCAAGAUCAUGCGGGAGAUCUUUCCCAACAUUAUAGCGAGAAGAUUGGGCAGCCGCGGGCAGUCAAAAUAUUGCUAUAGUGGGAUACGGAGAAAGACUGUGGUCAGCAUGCCGCCCCUCCCCAGCCUGGACCUGAAAGAAACAGAAACUCCGGAAAGGACGGAGGUGGUCCAGUCCUACAACGACGAGGUGAUGGACGCGGCCUGUGCCUUGACCUGUGACUGGGCUGAGAAGAUCCUCAAGCGUUCCUUCAACAACAUCGUGGAGGUGGCUCAGUUCCUCAUCCAGCAGCACAUCAUCAGCUCCCGCUCUGCCCACGCCGACCUUGUCAUGGCCAUGGUGGUCUCAGAAACAGCGGAAAGCCACAGGGAUAAACGGCCCCCUCCAAGCAUGAAGAAGAAUGAACCGGAAGCCCUGGAAAACACAGCCAAAACACAGCCUCAGACUAAAACAGAUAACAGCCCCAAACCCUCAGCGCCACUUCUGCAGAGCGAUGUGAAGAAACCUUCGGAUUCACCUGCUAAGCCAGCCAGCCGUCCUCAGGUCAAUACCUCUGUAGCCCGCCUGCCGCUGCUGCUGCCUCGAAUGCGGGUGCAGCCUGGGGAUACAUUGGUGGUGUCUCCUGGGGGGACAGCCAUGCAUCCAUCCCCCCCUCUCUUGGCACCAAAGCUCACUGCCGCGCCUGUCGGAGGCACAGUCAAAAUGGCUCUCUCCAUGGGCUCGCCUUCCCCUAUGUUGCUGGCACCAGCAGUGAACGGGCCGGCCAGCCUUGUUGGCCCCCAGGGCACCAUGCCAGUUAUCAACAUGAUGCCCGUCAUCAACGUAGCCGUGCCUCCCACUGUGGCUGAGAUCCUGCCCAAGCCGAAGAGUGUCCCUAGUAGCAGUGGGGUGAAUGGCUGCGAAACCAGGCAAAGCCCCUCUGAGACCCCGAAAGCCAAGCCUCCCAGCAAGCGGCCAGCAGAGACGUCUGCGGAAGCGAUGGUGAAAAGGAAGCGUGGGCGGCCUCGGAAGAGGCCAGAUGAGCCAGAACCGGCUUCAGAUGAGAAAGAGAAGGAACUCACUCGUACCAAGGAAGACUCGGAUAUCAUUGCUGUAAUAGUUGGUAAUGAAGACCGGGCGGCUUCUCUGUCCUCUUGCCAGAAGUUGCAAAGAGAGAGUCUUCCCGUUGAGGCAGCAAGUGAAGAUGACACUAAGGGUCCGAAGGCUAGUAGUAACCCAUCGGUGGCCAGUAGCCUCAUUGUAUGCCCUCCAUCAAAGCCAGCCAUCCUGCCCUCCCAGGUGAGUGUUAUCAAAGGACUAGGGUCUGUUCCUCCCAUCCUGGUGAAGGAGAUGGGAAGCGGCUCGCCGGAGCCUGCGCCUUUGGCUCACGGUACGUCGGGGCAAGGAAGCUGCCCCAAAGCUGUUGCAGGAAGGGAAUCGGAACAACCAGAGCAGCGCACAUCAUUGGAUUUGGAGCUUCAGCCCACGGAUCUUUCGAUGGGCAAAACACGGCCGCUAUCAUCCAGGGAUACGACACCCAGCUUGCAGGGAUCGUUGGUGCAAUUUCAUCAUGUCGGCGCAGAGAAAGCGGCAGAGAUGGCGAGUUCCCCCGUGUCAUCGACGCACGCCCCAAGUCGGUAACUCCUCUCCUUCCCCCUCCGAGUGUGAAUCUCAAUGCCAAACCUUUCUCCCCAGAGGCAUCCCACUUCGGCUGCUUUGCCAAUUUGGACUCAUGUACGCAGACGACAUAAGCUUGCUAAGCAAUCAUCUGUCAUACUUCGCCAAAAGAAGUCAUACUUCGCCUAAAAUUGUAUAUGGUUGUCCCAAACACAUUGCUUGUUUCCAUGACUGCCCACCAUAUCAUCCUUCUGCCCCACAAAAAUUGAAGCCUCCCCCAAAGUUGAUGUGGUUCCUGCUAUUUUGGAAUUAGUUCUACCGGCCAUGGGUUGUUUCCGAGUGUUUCCGAGAAAGAUUGAAGAAGACGGCAAAAGAAACGGAUGACACACUGAGGUUUUCCAAAAGAUAAGUGUUCCUCUUUGACAAGAUAUUUUUGGCACGUUCAGAUUUGAGUUCCCCAAAUCUCUCUCCUUGGACCUGUUUUAGUUACAGCCGUUCUGAAUUUUUCCGAGUUGGAAGACGGGGAAAGUUUACCUUGAAAGUUGCGGGUGUAGUGGGAGGGAUAGGUUGCGUCCCACAUGGCAAUUUCCCCCAUUUCUUAAUUUUGCUCUGAUGUUUAGAGACAAUCAUCUCACAGCCAACAUCCCAAAGAGGGGUUUAAAUGUGUGUGUGUUACUGUUUUUAUUUGAAAUUACUUUGAUUUAAAUGUCCACAAGCGUGACAUUUAAACAUUGGGGUUGCCACCGUUUCCUCAUUUGGGUGGGACAAAAUUUUGCUCAUUCCUGUCUGUCUGGUUCAUGUUCACUUUGGUUAUAAAUACUUAAUGAGCACACAGAUAUUUGUGUUUUUUUUAAUUAAAAACAGCUGCAUAUGUUCCA